CUAGGCAGGGCUUAGGCUCCCACAACCUCUAGCCCCACCCCUGGUCUUUCAUCCCAGCUCAGGGGGCAGAAGAGGAUAAAUUUCAGCUGUUCUAGCCCUGCUGUGUUGUAACCAAAGACCUGCGACAGCAGCAUGAAGUUGGGUGGCUUCCUCCUCCUUGUGGCCCUGGUCACCCUCAGCUCAGAGGUGCAGGAGCUUCAGGCUGCCGUGAGACCCUUGAGACUUCUGGAUGAACAGAGGCCUGGAGCUUGUCCAAGCUUGCCAGAAGGAACGUUUGGGCUUUGUGCUGAAUUCUGCACGGGGGAUGACUCCUGUCCCCCAGGAAGGAAAUGCUGCAGCAACGGUUGCGGGCACACUUGCCAAAUCCCUGUUCCAGACGAGGAGGACUUCCUUAUCCGUUUGGAUGAUAAAUGAACCUUGGCUUCCCUCAGUAACUGAUCCCAAAUGGCAUCUUUAUCCUAAGAGCUGAGCUUUCUUACUGUCUUUUCCGGAACCCCAGGAUGCCAGGAUAUGGGUCUCAGAUAACGUGGUUUAAGUAUUGAAUUCCGGCAAUUGUUUGAGGAAACAUGGAGGGACUGCUUCCAAAAUUAUCUCUCUUCUGAAUAAAA